AUGCCAGAUAAUAAUACAGAAUCCAUUACAAAAGCUGAACCCGAAAAUCAAACUAUAGAAUUCCCAAAGAAGCAUCUUCACAGACAAAGAGCCCACUGUAACCCUUUGUCGGACAGUUUUAUACCUUAUCCUGAAAAUCCGAGGCAUGUAAACUGGUUUAAAAGAUAUCCCAGUGUGUGCGAAAAGGAACAUUAUAUGCAAUUCAAUAGUUAUUCAUGGUAUGUAAAUUUAGAGGAUGAAAACUAUCCUAAAGUGGACUUCCUCGAUGUCGGAUGCGGUUAUGGAGGACUAUUGAUAUAUUUAUCUAAACUUUACCCUAAUAAAUUAUCACUAGGAAUGGAAAUUAGAGAUAAGGUAACAAAUUAUGUCGGAAAGAGGAUAAUAUCACUGAGAGAACAGAACCCAGGAGAGUACCUUAACAUAUCAGUGGUUCGAACCAACUCAAUGAAGUUUCUACCAAACUAUCUAGGGAAAAAUCAGCUGGAGAAAAUAUUCUUCUGCUUCCCAGACCCGCAUUUUAAACGCUCAAAUUGGAGAAGAAGAAUUGUAAACUACCCUUUACUCUCACUUUAUGCAUACUUCUUGAAACCAGGAGGAAGAAUUUACAUAGGUAUCGUCAAUUUAACAGCACUUAUUCAUUAUAUUAUCCUAAUAUCUUCGGUAAUUGUAACUGAUGUGUUAGUGACUGAUGUGUACGAACUUUAUGUGUGGAUGGAAAACGCACUCGAAGAUCACCCUUUAUUCGAGCCCCUAAAAGACUCUGAUAAGGAAAAAGAUGAGUGCUUUCUCAAUUUCGAUAAGGAGACGGAAGAGGGGAAAAAGAACGAGAAAAUGCAGUCAACGACAUACAAAAAUGUCUAUCGCAGAAAAUAA